AUGAGCCGUGUGUCCGAGACUGCCACACUGCCCUUUUAUGAGGGUGCAUUCGUCCAGGCUUCGCCUGAGAUUGAACGCAUUCGCAAAGAUCUUCCCAACUUUUCAUCGCCGGAGCUGCGUGUUCAACGAGUUGGUCAACUAGACUCACAUCUUCUUGAUCAGGAACUGGCGGACUUGUUAACGCAGCCUGUAAAAAAUGCAUUGCGCAAGGUAUCGCCUAAAUUUGAGCAGCGCUAUAACUCUGAGAUUCUCGUCGCGUUACGUUUGAUCUUGUACAAAUUUAGUAUCUAUGACCGCGGCGCAACAUAUGGCGCGAUGCUUCAAAACCUAAAAUACCGAAACGAGUGGGCACAUCGUGCACAUUGUACGUACAGAGAGAAUUUGACUGACUUUAUUUUUACAGUACACUCAACGGCUCGGGAUGCGCCACUAUCUUCCGUUCAACUUGCCCUGCAUCCGUUGCUCACGAUUAUUUUGCCAUAUAUGUACAGCAAAGCCAAAUCGUUCAUGUCAAGCCGCCAGUACGAUCUCGCGCCAACCGAGAGUCUGCAAUUUAUUGCAUAUUCGCUGUCAGAGCACUGGCAAAGGUUGUGGAGCUUGAUUGGUUUGGUCAAUUUCAGUCUCUUUCUCUGGAAUGGCAAAUACCGUACCGUGGCUGAUAGGCUUCUCGGGAUGCGCCUCACUUAUGCGAACCGUGCGCUGCACCACAACGUCUCGUUCGAGUUUUUGAACAGACAACUUGUGUGGAAUGCAGUUAUGGAGUUUCUUCUGUUUAUUGUGCCGCUUGUGCGGCCUAAGCAUUUAUUCCACCUGUUGACGCUGUUGCCAAAACAUCAGAAUGUACUCAAAACACUUCUCAAGAUAAUGCCCACAAAAAUCACUGACAAGUUAAGCUUGCGCCUUGAUAUGUACAACAACGUUGAGUACUACGGGUACGACAUGUUUGAGCCGCGGGGCAAGUACUGGUACCUCCCGGUCGAGUGUUGUCCCCUCUGCUUCGAAAGGCUCGAGCGUGAAGCUGGUGUGAAUGUUCACCAAGUUCCUAUUCCCAUGUCAAUCAAAGACGAAGUAUCGAUUCCGACUCCGGAUCCAUUGCAUCCAUGCAAAGGACUCGCAGCUCGUCACAAAAAGAAAGCUGACAAGUCGGACUCCUUCAAUGAGAAUGAAAGCAAGAAGAUUGCUGUGCGCGCGGCGAAAAUGGCCGAGCGCCGUGCUGCACGAAAAGGCGCUUCAUCGAUGACGAUUGAUCGAAACUAUUGUCCUACCGUCCACGACACCUCUCCGAAUGGCAUACGAUUUCUGGAUGCAUUGGCAUUUAUCCCAUAUGCGACGCAAGGCAAAAAAGUCAUUUGUAAUUGCAGAUACUGCUAUUCAUGCAUUGGUCGCAAGUUCAAGGAGGAGUUAACUAGUGUGGAUUUGCGUGAGCUAGGCGGUUGGCCUUGUCUUCGAUGUGGCGACAUUAUCUUUACAGCCGAGCGACUAAGAUAG